AUGCCGGACAUGGACCACGUCCAAGGGAUCGAAUAUCCCAAGUCGCGAGAGCAGCUGAUGCUGCUUCUGCUGCGGUGGUGCGCGUUGAACUCAGCGGGCGUUGAUCCCAAUCGUCAUGAAGAGUUUAGACACCUCACGGUCAUUCUCCAGGCCGUGGGUGCUCAACAGCGCGAGUUUGUGGAACGUAAAGCGCGACUCGAUGAAAUUCGGGCGUCCCGCAUUUCUAACGGCACCAGCCCACUUGAGCACACCGAACUGCAAGUGCCUAUCACUGCUCUUAAAUUGCUCACGCGCAAUGUGGAUCUGCCCGAGGCUCUUCAGGCCCAGCUAAUUCAGCUUGCAGGUGAACCUGUUGAUGAGCCCGCUACCAAGCAGCACGAAAACGGUAGCACAAAAAGAUUAACUUUCAAGGAGCGCUCGGCCCGACUAGGUCUUGAGCCAGAGAUCGGAACUGCAGCUGGCGGUGGGGCCGAAAUGGUCAUCAGAAGCCGUUUGAGCCACCGGUUAAAUGAGCUGGAACGCUUGCCGGCAAACAUCGGUGCCGUUGAUGUCGAGACGCCGACCUCCGAGCCACCAGAUAUUGCCCGUGAUGGUAUCGAUGAGCUCAAAAUAAAGGCCCUUAUUGAACUCAAACAGCUGCGCCUGUUGACGCGGCAAAAGUCGAUGCGGCAACAUAUUGUCUACCAUAUUGCAUCGACCCAAGACACCAUGAGUCAAAGCUAUUUGACUCGGUUAUUUAACCGCCGAGUCAAGCCUUUGACGGCCCACGACCUGCAGCUCACUGAAACUUUGGAACGCGCUCAACGCAAAGAGCAGGAGAAGAAAGAACGUGCGCAGCACUUAAAGCUCAUUAAUGCAUCUAUCCAGCACGCUCAGGAAGCAUUACAACAGUCGCAACAGCGUGCUUCUCGUCACCACGCGAUGACCAAGGCCGUCACUCAGUUCCAUGCCCUGGUUGAACGUGAGGAGGCCAAGCGGACCGAGCGGACCGCCAGGCAGCGUCUUCAGGCACUUCGCUCUAAUGAUGAGGAAGCUUAUCUUAAGUUGCUUGAUCAAACAAAAGAUACACGUAUCACACAUCUGCUCAAGCAAACCAACCAGUUCUUGCAGUCUCUUUCCGAGGCCGUGCGAGUACAGCAAGCUGAAGUUGGUCCUACUGCAAAAUCUGAGGAAUCUCCUACUGAGGAUAAUGACAAGGUCGACUAUUAUGAGGUCGCUCAUCGUGUGAAAGAGGAUGUAACGGAGCAGCCUAAAAUGUUGGUGGGCGGCAAGCUUAAAGAAUACCAGGUUAAAGGUUUGCAAUGGAUGGUUUCUUUGGUUAAUAAUAAUUUGAAUGGUAUUCUCGCCGAUGAAAUGGGUCUUGGUAAGACUAUCCAGUCCAUCUCCUUGAUUUCUUAUCUUCUCGAGGCAAAGCGCUGGUCGGGUCCGUUCCUGGUAAUUGUCCCCUUGUCUACCAUUACGAAUUGGAACGUUGAGUUUGAUAAAUGGGCACCUUCGAUCAAGAAGGUUGUUUAUAAAGGUCCUCCGAAUACAAGAAAAGCUCUUCAGGGAACAAUCAGAGCUGGUGAUUUCCAGGUGCUGCUCACUACCUACGAAUACAUCAUUAAGGACCGCCCGUUGCUUUCAAAGAUUCGUUGGCAGCAUAUGAUUAUUGACGAGGGUCACCGUAUGAAGAACACGCAGUCCAAACUGUCUUCAACUUUGUCUAGCUAUUAUCACUCCCGUCACCGCCUGAUUUUGACAGGCACACCUCUGCAAAACAACUUGCCAGAGCUGUGGGCAUUGCUUAACUUUGUUCUUCCAAAAAUCUUCAACUCUGUCAAGACAUUUGACGAGUGGUUCAACACUCCUUUUGCUAGUACUGGCGGCCAAGAUAAGAUGGAGCUGACAGAAGAAGAAACAUUGCUAAUCAUUCGCCGUCUGCACAAAGUUCUUCGCCCUUUCCUACUGCGUCGUCUUAAGAAAGAUGUUGAAAAGGAUUUGCCUGACAAGAUCGAAAAAGUUGUCAAGUGCCAGAUGUCGGCCCUCCAACUCAAGCUUUACGAGCAUAUGCUCAAGCACAAUAUAUUGUAUACCGGUGCGCCUGCUGAUUCAGGGUCUAACAAGGUGGGUAUCAAAGGUUUGAACAACAAAAUUAUGCAGCUGCGCAAAAUCUGCAAUCAUCCGUACGUGUUUGAGGAGGUUGAGAAUUUGAUCAAUCCCUUCCAUGUUGACAACGACAACUUGUGGCGAGUAGCCGGCAAGUUCGAGCUUUUGGAUCGUAUUCUUCCAAAAUUCAAGGCCACUGGCCAUCGGGUCUUAAUAUUUUUCCAAAUGACUCAGGUAAUGACAAUCAUGGAAGACUAUCUGCAUUUGCGCGGCAUCAAAUACUUGCGUCUUGAUGGUGCAACGAAAGCUGAUGAACGCUCGGAGAUGCUCAAGGCCUUCAAUGCACCUGACUCACCAUACUUUUGCUUUUUGCUCUCUACUCGUGCCGGUGGCUUGGGUCUGAAUUUGCAAACUGCCGACACGGUUAUUAUUUAUGACACCGAUUGGAAUCCCUUCCAAGAUCUGCAGGCUCAGGACCGUGCACACCGCAUUGGUCAGACGAAGGAGGUUCGAAUCCUGCGUCUAAUCACUGAAGAUAGUGUUGAAGAGGCAAUUUUGGACCGUGCACUGUCCAAACUUGAGAUUGAUGGUAAGGUUAUUCAGGCCGGUAAGUUUGAUAACAAGUCCACGGCCGAAGAACAAGAAGCAUUCCUGCGCUCGCUUAUGGAGGCAGAAGAGCAACGUCGUGAAAAUAAGUCCGAAGAGGAUGAAGCUGAUGACGAUGAGCUCAAUGACAUUCUGGCUCGCAACGAUGAAGAGGUUACAAUCUUCAAAAAAAUGGAUGAAGAGCGUGUCGCCGCCAACGUCAAAAACGAGCCACGUUUGUUCAGCAGUGAAGAGCUGCCAGAGAUCUACAAGCAGGAUAUCAAGAUUCACCUUGAGCCUCCUGCCGAAAUGUACGGUCGUCGUGAGCGUAAACGCAUAGUUUACGAGGAUGCCUUGAGCGACGAGCAGUGGUUGCAAACCAUGCAACAACAAGAGGAUGAAGAAGAGGGAGGGCGGCGGUCCCGGCGGGCUAAGCGGUCGCCAGCCCCUGAUUCUGAUUCUACAGAUUACGAGGCGAAGAAGGCCAAGGUUGACCUGCUCACCCCAGAAGAGCGAGAGGAGCUUAAUAAAACCGCAGAGUCGGUUUGGGAAGCAAUCUCAGAGAGCGUUGCCCCUGGUGACCCCCCUCGCGCUCGAGCAGGAAUCUUCAUGGAACUCCCUUCGAAAAAACUCUACCCCGACUAUUACCGGGUGAUCAAGCGGCCGAUUUCGCUGGCUGAAAUUCGUCGUUCAAUUGAUACAUCUGGAUACAACUCCGUUGAAGAGCUGAAGGAAAACUUUGAUCUCAUGUUUUCCAACGCUCGAAACUAUAACCAAGAAGGAAGUAUUGUAUAUGAGGAUGCCCAGAUCCUGCAAAGUAUAGUCGACUCGAUUUUGUAA